AUACCACCGCCCGGACUGCUACAUACGGCCGGUUACGUCAACCUCGUCUCAUCUCGCUCCGUUCCCGCUCGGUGUGGUCAUCGAUGGAUCUCAUAUGACACGACACUCGAGAGACCCAAUCCCCUGCGACCACACUUGAUCGCCAUGCUGCUCGAGAACAACCUCGUGUAGUGUGUAAUAUCCAUGUUCCCGAAGCCCAGCAUUGAGAUUACCGACCGAUCUUCGCCUAGCAAUCCUCCAGCCUAUUGGCCCAGGCGCUCCCCUAGGUAGUGGUUGACAUUUUGAAUUCUUACUUGCCGAUGACAGCCUCAAUCAUGGACCAGUCCCGUCAGUGGCAGAAACAGUUUCGGUGCCCGUCGUGUUCCAAGUCGUUUGUUCGAAAGGCCCACAUGCUCCGUCAUCAGCAGCAACAUGUCGCACAAAGACCCUUCACCUGUACUUUCUGCUCCAAAUGCUAUAAGCGAAGUGAUGUUCUUCGAGCCCAUCAGUUUCAAUGCAAAGAACGCGGCUCAGCGCCAUUACCCGAGGGGCGGCCGAAAGGCCGAAAGAGAUCUUCGUGUCUUUCCUGUGUAAAGCUGAGGACGAAAUGUGACCAAGAAACUCCCUGUACUCGCUGUCAGGAACGGGGAGAGGAAUGCAUCCGAUCGGCAUCUAGUCCCCAAAGGGCGCAAGCGGCUGCCAGGCCUAAAAGUCGAGACGCGAUCCCGAUCCAUCAUCUGCUCAAUGCUCCUGACGGCGAUGACCUGGUGCCCCGGUUCCCGAUUCGAGAUACCCCUUCACGCGCCGGGCGCGACGAGGACGAUGCGGCGAACGGAACAGAGGACUCCUCCGGUGCCUCACAUUGGAGCGAGGACUACGGAAACCCCCGCGAUGUCUUCGUUGGUGCAAUUCUAGCUGACCUGGAUUGUGUAAAUUUCGACUCUUUCUUCGGAGGCUUUGACAGCUCGACGUUUAGUUCGUAUCCCCCAAAUGCUAACAUGCCACACGUCACGAGCGGGACGGGUUUUGGUUCUCCAUCCGCCAGGGCGCUCGAACCUCGCGCCUUUGAGAUUCGACAGCUGCUGCUGGGGGUAACCACCAAGUUCGCAAUCGAGUACCCGGACAGUCCUCAGCUCGAGCACCUGGAGACAAACAUCGGACUCCUCACCCAUGUGGAAAUAGACCACUGUCUCACCCUGUUCUUUCAAAACUUUUACCGGCACUGUCCGAUUAUCCAUCGCCCAUCCUUUCGACCUGCUUUUGCCCCUAUCCCUCUCGUGUUGGGCUGUGUCGCUCUGGGGGCAAUGUACUCGGAACAGGCCAAAGUCUGUUGGAUGAAGAAUCUUCUGGACGUCAUUGAAUCAUAUAUCUUCUCGCUGCCGGAGGUGAGAGACGAGUUCUUUGGCACUCUGGGGGUUUCGGAGGCACCCGAUGAGGAUGCCGUAGAAUACCACUUUCAACUGUUUCAAGGGGCUUACCUUUUUGUCGUCGUCCAAUACUUCUCGGGGAAUCUAGCCGGCCAGAGAAGAGCGAGAAGGCAGAGGUUCCCUUCGAUUCUGAAUGUCG